GGCCAACUCGAACGCGCAGCAGAUCCCCAUAGACCCUGCCCUCUCCAUGUACCAACCUUAUUACGGCUACCAGCAACCUCCCACCAUGGCCCAGCACCUCGUCCCGUCAAACAGCCUUUCCCCGUCCUCGCAGGGCUCCGAGUCCCUCGCCGGGACACCGGCCGCCGACCAGCACUCGUUUCAGACACCGUCCACCAACGGCAAGCGCCCAGCCUCGACCCUCACCAACGACCCCAGUCGCAAGAAACAGCGCACGGACGACAGCACGCCCGACGGACAGAGUCCCACCGCGGACAAGGACGACUCGAAGCCAAAACCAACACGUGGAUCUAGAGCAUGCACAGUUUGCCGCCGCCUCAAGAUGAAGUGCGUCGGCGCCGAGCAGGGCCCUCCGUGCAAGCGCUGCAUCGCGGGCAACCACGAGUGCAUCUUCGAGGAGUCCAACCGCGGCAAGCGGUCCUCCAACCCAAGAAAACACGAGCUGCUCACGCGCUCGCUGCGCAAGAUGGAGCGCACACUCGACACCGUGCUCAAGUCGAUCGGCAACCCGAGCAUGGCGUCCGGCAUGACCUCGCGCUCGCCGUCCCCGUCCCCGUGCAACACACAGCACACCCAGGCGCUCAUAGCUUCCCCCUCGUCCGACGACGACGCCGCGGGGCCCUCCGAGCACCCGCCGAGCUACCACCAGGCCGCGGCCGCGUCCGGGAGCACCCCCGGUGGCAGCGGAAGCGCAGGAGGAGGAGGAGGAGGGGGAGGAGGGGUCGGCAAGCCGCACCAGUCGCCCAAGCUGCACUCGUUGCCCGACAACGCGCUCAAUCCGCUCGGGCUGCUCGCCGAGGCGAGUCUGGCGAACCGGAGGGCGAUGGGCCCGACGCCGCUGCUCCAGGCGCGCGCGUCGGACCCCAACGAGCUGGUGCUGGGCGUCGCGAGCGACAACUAUUUCCGGCCGGGGCCGAUGACGAUUUUGCCGCUGAGGAGGCUGUAUAUCGAGCGGCAGAUUCAGCCGGAGAUGCUGAGUUUCGUGAAUACGGAGGAGGUCGUUGCGUUGUUUGAUAUUUACUUUGACAAUAUGAACGUAUGUCCGCAUUGUAGCCUCCUCGACCGCGACCUCCACACGCCCUCGCUCAUCUGCUCCCGAUCGCCGUUCCUCCUGACCACAAUAUGUGCCAUCGCCGCGCGCUUCUACAGCGCGAAACCCGAGCUGUACGGGCAGCUCAUGGAGCUCGCGAAGAAGCUCGCGUUCAGUGUCCCGUUGAAGGGGUACAAGUCGCUCGAGAUCGUCCAGGCCUAUCUGCUGCUCACGCUCUGGGGGUGCGGCGCUGUUGAGCGGUAUGAGUACGAUAAGACGUGGUUGUUGCUCGGGAUGGCUACGCGGAUGGCGACGGACCUGAAUCUGCACCGCAAGACGGCGGUGGCGAGCCAGGACACGGAGGAGGGCCGGGCGCGCGAUCGCGAGGUGCAUAAUCGCGAGCGGACGUGGUAUCUCUGCUUUGCGCUCGAUCGGAGUAUUAGCGCGCAGAUGGGGAAGCCGCAUUCGAUUAAAGAGGAUUUCGUUAUUCGGAAUAUUUCGCAGUGGGUGGAUUCGCCGGUGGGGACGUUAGGGGAUGCGCCGUUGGCGGCUUAUGUUGAGCUUCAACGGAUAGUGUCGCGGAGUCUGGACUUUCUCUACUCGGGCACGAACACGCCUUCGGGGCUGCAGACGGACUGUGAUUAUCUUGUGGUUAUUAAGACUAUCGAGACGCAGAUUCAGGCGUGGGACCACGAGUGGUCUGUUACGCGGAGAGGCUCAUUUAAGGACGACGCGGGCAUCCGGUACUCGCGCGCGAUGCGGCAUUUCUACUACAACUACUACAUGCUCGUCAUCAACUCGUUUGGAUUGCAGAACGCGAUCGACCGCUCGGCGGUGGACAUCGGACACUUCUUCGUGCGGUGCUAUGGUGCGGCUACGGCCGUCGCGGUUGUUGCGCGCGACAUACUGGGGCCGAUGGGAUACCUCCGGUAUUCGCCGGACUCGCAUUUCGUGUUCUUGUCGUAUGCGGUGCUGAGUUUGCUCAAGUUCAUCCGGCCCGAGUUUCAGACGUUCAUCGAAGGCGAGCAGAAGAUCAUCGACCUCGUCAAGGACGUCGCUGCGACGCUCGAGAGCGUCUCCGUCGACGAGCACCACACGCCUGCGCUGUACGGCACGUUCAUCAAGGCGCUCAUUUCUGCGCGGACAGAGGGCCCUGCGGCCGGACGCGAAGACGGCACGACGGACGGCGUCAGCGCUGAUAUCAAGACGGACGGAUCUGCACAGAUGCCGUCAGGCCUGAACGACGCCAGCGCUGCAUCUGCGAAUGCCAGCGACGCGAACGUCGGUAUGGUCGGCAACGGCCUCUUUGCGGGUGGCAGCAGCUCGCUGGGCGGCGCGCUGGGUAACGCCAAUGGCGGUAUGCUGGGCAGCACGUUCAACGAGUACUCGUUCGCGGGCGAGAUGGGGCCCGUUGCGGACAUGUCGGUCUUCCCGCCGACGAUGGCGGAGAUGCCGAGUAUGGACGAGAGCGCGGGGAUGCUCCCGAUGGACAGCAUUCUGACGAACAACUUUUGGGAUAAUGUGCUUGUGCCUGGCUAUUCGGAGACGAUGGAGGGUCUUAGUGGCGGUUUCGUCUUCGGCGCGGGCGGGAGCGGGCUGAUUACCCCCGGAUGGCUGCACUCCCCGAUGCCGUCCGGGUCGCCCGAGCGCGAUGGCGGGCCGUUGGACUUUGGUCAGGGUAUGGGUGUUGCGCUGCAGCAGCAGCGGCAAUAGUCUCGAGUUUUCGCUGGCUGGCGGUUGCUUCCAUGUACAUUUCAUGUAUGCAUGAUCCUUUGCUUUAUCUUCUUGGGAUUCGCGCGACGUACGCUGCUUGUUCUUGUUGCCUGCUCUUUUCCCCCUUUACUUACAUAAUAGGUCUUCCCCAUGCUACGUAUCCAAAAUUCUUCCCUUUUAAGCUGCUUUAGUAUCUAUGCUCUUUCAUGUUCUUUUUUUCUUCUUGUUUUUGCCUUUUGUUUUUGACUCAUCUUGUUCUUCCGCCAAAACGCUGGUCUCGGAACGCAAAUGGCCGUAUUGAACUGUAAUCGUGUAUUACUACUUACAUAGAUACGUAGUAGGAUAAUCUUCCGUUACCACACGCUGUAUAUGUAUGCUUAAAAAAAACCGCGAAC